UUUCUUAAUUUGGGAAGGGUAGAUUUUUUUUGUGCGUUUACCUAAAAAAGAAAAGAGAUUAGGUUCCUAGUCUUGCUUUUUUCCUCUUUAAAUCUCAAUAUUGCUCGUUCAAUUCCUCUCACUGAUCGAUGAGAGUAAGAGGAAGGUGAGGGAUUUGGAGCACGCAACCGAUCAAUCACUCGUAUACAUCAACAUAUCACAUACGAUCCUUCUUUUUCUCUCGUUUUCCCCCUUUUUUCUGGGGAAAAUUUUUCCUAGGGUUUCUGAGAUUAACCCAUUCAUCACUCAUUCCCAGAAUCCAGUACUUGUGUGUUUGAGUCGAUUAGCUAGAUCUCACUUCGUAUCAGUUUUGAGUCCAGAUUUCGCUGAAGAAAUCGAUUUGCUUCAGUUCGUGUUUGGGGGAAGAAGUCGAAGAUGGUGAGGGGAAAAACUCAGAUGAAGCGAAUCGAGAAUGACACGAGCAGGCAAGUGACGUUCUCAAAGAGAAGGAAUGGGCUGUUGAAGAAGGCGUUCGAGCUGUCUGUACUGUGUGAUGCGGAAGUUGCACUCAUAAUUUUCUCGCCCAGAGGAAAGCUCUAUGAAUUCUCCAGUUCUAGAUGCUACAGUAUAAACAAAACAGUUGAACGCUAUCAAAAGAAAGUCAAGGACCUGGGUCUCUGCUCCAGAGGAAUGCAAGAUAACACACAGCAAGGUAAGGAUGGAACCAUUGGCAUACAAAAGAAGCUUGACCAUCUUGAAAUUUCUAAAAGGAAGCUUUUGGGAGAUUGCUUGGACGCAUGUUCAGUUGAGGAGUUAAAUCAGAUAGAGAACCAGUUGGACCGAAGCUUGUCCAAAAUUAGGGCACGAAAGAAUCAACUGUUCAAGGAGCAGAUUGAGCAACUAAGGGAAGAGGAAAAAUGCCUUCUAGAAGAAAAUAACAAGUUACGAGGCCAGUGUGGGAUUGAAAAGCGAGGAUCAAUGAGGAAAGAGGAUGAGAACGAGGUGGUGGUGACAGAGUUGUUCAUAGGGCCACCUGAGAGACAAACCCCUGAUAAAAUCUGCAACACUUGACCAUCUUCAUAUAUAUAUAUAUAUAUAUAUAUAAGAGUGUGUGUGUGUGUGUGUGUGGUUAAUAAUAUAUCUCCAUGAAAUCUAAAACAUGUAUUGUUAAGGUAUUGUGUUUCUGUUGUGCCUGGACUAGCAAGCUGUAGCUAGUGAUACCAGCCUUACUCAAAUAAACAUCUCUGCUUCUAUAUAUUCUGUUUCUUGUAGCUCUUUUUCUGAUGAUUGCUGAUAUGCUAUCUCUGCUUCUUAA